UGAAGGAAACGACUUCGGAUAUUCAUAGGCAAGUUGGAUUGUUAAUGUUUGGUCUUCCUCUCUCUCUUCCCCAUCUCUAUCCAUCGACCUCCCAGUCAACUCAUCCCCUUUCUCCUUCCUCCAAAAACCCUAAUUUCUUACGUUUUCAACAAUUUCCUCAAAUCAACCAAGUCAACCCUUAACAUUUUCCAAUCUUGUUGAAUUCAGUCAAAUCUUUACGAUCUGGUUUUAGUGUCAUUACUUUCUCAUUAACAUUACAAGUAAUUACCUUCAUUCUCUUUUAUUUUCUUUUAUUUUCGUUUCUUCUUUCAAUAUGUCGUCGGAGAUCGAGGUCGUCGAAGAGGUCGACCAAUCAUCCCAAUCGCAGAAUCACCAAUCCAACGACGUGGUGGUCGACGAGGAAAGUCUUCGGAACGAUGUCUACACGGCCGCCGCCUAUGGAGAUUUGGAAAAGCUUCAGAGGUUGGUUGAGUCCGAGGGUUGCUCCGUCUCCGAGCCCGAUGGAUUGGGCUACUAUGCGCUACAGUGGGCCGCGCUUAAUAAUCGGACGGCCGCUGCUCAGUAUAUCAUUGAGCAUGGUGGAGAUAUAAAUGCUGCAGAUCAUACCGGGCAGACUGCAUUGCAUUGGAGUGCAGUUCGAGGUGCAAUCCAAGUUGCCGAGCUUCUACUUCAAGAGGGUGCACGGGUUAAUGCGGCUGAUAUUUAUGGCUAUCAGACUACACAUGUUGCAGCCCAAUAUGGUCAAACAGCUUUCCUGUAUCACAUAGUUUCAAAAUGGAACGCUGAUCCUGAUGCUCCUGAUAAUGAUGGAAGAAGUCCUUUACACUGGGCUGCUUACAAGGGUUUUGCUGAUUGUAUACGUCUACUUUUGUUUUUGGAUGCAUACAGAGGACGCCAGGAUAAAGAAGGUUGCACUCCACUUCAUUGGGCUGCUAUUAGGGGUAAUUUGGAGGCAUGCACUGUGUUAGUACAGGCUGGAAAAAGGGAAGACCUGAUUGUUACUGAUAAUACUGGCCUUACGCCUGCGCAGCUUGCUUCUGAUAAGAAUCACAGACAAGUUGCUUUUUUCCUUGGGAAUGCUAGAAAGUUGCUUGAUAAGCGAUUUGAUGGGAACAGUACCCUUGGGAAGCUUUCAAAACUAGGACUUGCACCUGUACUUUGGUGUUUGAUUUUGCUGCUACUUGUGACUUACAUGCAUUCUGUCAUCAUGGCAUCAGAUUUGCCGAAGUUAACUGCUGGCUUUGGCCUUCUUGCAUGGUUGGGUGUUUUCCUAGCAAGUGGCGGAUUAGUUUUGUUCUAUAGGUGUAGUAGCUAUCCAAUCCUUCUGAAUGACGAAAAGAAGUCCCUUCAAAUUAGUUUAUAUCCAAUUCCCACAAAGAAGGAAGAUUAUGAACUCUUUCCAAUAGCAGGAGAAACUCAGGUCCGAGUUGCACAACUUAUGGGUUCUAGUUUCCACCAAACAGCCUCAGCUUCCUUAUUGUAAUGUUUGGUUUUCAAC